AUGAUUAUUCGAUUGCCUAUUAUAUCGAUUGAAGGAUUAUUUUUCCAUUACAGUGGCAGUAUCGCGCUUCCCAUAUACGAACGACAAAUCUUUAACACAGUGUAUAGUGGAAUGUUCCAUGAAAAGUCUUAUAUCAUCCAUGGACCAUACCAAAGUGGCAAGUUCUCCUUUGUAAUUGCGCUCAAGGAGUCACUCAUUAAGAACAACAUAGUUCCUGCGCAUUUCGACAUGAUUGACUUAAAGGGCACAGGAUUCGAUAUGGUCGAAUCCCAGGAACUCCAGAUGACGGCAAGUGAUUUAUUUAAACUCUCUCUGCCAAUAAAGUUACCUAUGUUUGUGUGGGCACUAUUAAAGUCUUAG